CAUUACGAUAUUGUUGCAACUUGUCUGUCUUGCAUUAAUAAGACGGCAAGAUUCACAUGAGUUUCAUUGCACUUGUUGGCUCAUGGCGUGGGUCCAGAACCUAUCACCAGAAAUGGAUGUACCAAAAAUGGAUGCGCCAAAAAUGGCUACACCAAGAAUGGAAGCACCGGAAAUGGGUGCUUCUCUUU